ACCCCUGCCUCUGUUUGUUUAAACCCCCGCGCGGGCAGCGCCUUGGGAUCAGACUCCUAACCAUGUUGUUCCUGACUCCAGUCUUGGUAGCGGUUCUCUGCAUUUGGAUUGUGUGGAUCUUUAAAAAUGCAGAUAGCAGCAUCCAGAGAGAGAAGGGGGAGCCUAGAGCCAGUACGGGGUCUCGCCCCUGGGUGGAUGAAGACUUAAAAGACAGCACUGACCUCCCCCAAGCAGAGGAAGAUGCUGAUGAGUGGCAAGAAUCAGAGGAAAAUGUUGAACACAUUCCAUUUUCCCACACCCGCUAUCCUGAGAAGGAAAUGGUUAGGAGAUCCCAGGAAUUUUAUGAACUUCUCAAUAAGAGACGAUCAGUCCGGUUCAUAAGUAAUGAGCAAAUCCCAACAGAAGUCAUUGACAAUGUCAUCAAAGCUGCAGGGACAGCCCCCAGUGGGGCGCACACAGAGCCCUGGACCUUCGUGGUUGUGAAGGACCCAGACAUGAAACACGAGAUUCGCCAGAUCAUUGAGGAGGAAGAAGAGGUAAACUACGUGAAGAGAAUGGGGCACCAAUGGGUUUCGGACCUGAAGAAACUGAGAACCAACUGGAUUAAAGAGUACUUGGACACUGCCCCUGUUUUGAUUCUCAUUUUCAAACAAGUACAUGGGAUUGCUGCAAAUGGCAAGAAAAAGGUCCAUUACUACAACGAGAUCAGUGUCUCCAUCGCCUGUGGCAUCCUUCUAGCCGCCCUGCAGAAUGCAGGACUGGUGACUGUCACUACCACUCCUCUCAACUGUGGUCCUCGUCUGAGGUUACUCUUGGGCCGCCCUGCACAUGAAAAGCUGCUGAUGCUGCUGCCCGUGGGAUACCCCAGCAAAGAUGCCACAGUGCCUGACCUCAAACGGAAACCUCUGGAGCAGAUAAUGGUGACAGUGUAGGCAGGAGCCCCUCGGGGAGCUGUGCGAGGACAGCGUCCAGGCUCCUCUCUGUGGCUCUGCCUGCUCCUCUCGGGUUCCUUGGCUGCUCUCCCUGGGUGUGGGGUUCCCCUGCGCUCUCCUUCCUGGGGUUGCCAUCCUGUGUGUCAAGAAACCUUCCACACUCUCCCGUACUCGGAGUCUAGGAAAUCCCGUUCCUUACCCACUUUGGAAAUGCAUUGACACGUUAUAAAGAA